AAUUUAUUUCUAUGUGGAAAGCAUACUUGGUAUUUGUGUCAUACAUCACCGACAUCACCUAGCAACUCCGUCCUUGACCUAACAACCGAGUCAAAAAUGAACCCUCCAACAUAUGUGAUAGUACAGGGUUGGCAGUUACUUUCUAUGUGCAUAUCGUUAUUUAUUCCAAAACAAAGCAUUAUGUGGCUGCUCAAAAUGCAUCUACAAAAGAAUGCUGAUCCAAGGUCAGAAGUUGGUAAAUAUGCAAUAUUCUGUCAGCGUGCCCUGGAAAGAACACAACAACAAGGAUUACGUGAAGUGAAACCAUCUCGUAUGGAGGUGAUGUCAAUCUUGCUUAGACAUCCCUAUCAUCAUUCACAGCCUAUUAGUAUACCAGUACAUUUUCUAAAUAACAGUUAUCAGGUGAUAAGUUUUGAUGGUUCAACGACAAUCGAAGAGUUUUUACAGUCAAUCAACAAAUGUCUCGCUGUUCAGGACUGCACACACUCCGGCUUUGCUCUGUAUUCAGAUGACCCACUUGAACCAGACUUACUUACAUGCCUACAAAGUCAUAUCAAGAUAUGUGAUGUGAUCUCAAAGUGGGAGGAGUGUUUUAGGGAAUAUCAUGGUGGUAAAUUAGACACCAGCAGAACAAUCAGGCUGCUAUAUAAAAACAGGUUAUAUUACAAGAGUACAAGACAUUUUGAGACAGAACGAGAGAAACUACUACUCACCUAUCAAAUUAAUGAUGAGAUAGUGCAUGGAAGAUUUCCCCUAAACAGAGAUCUUGCCUUGGAGCUUGCCUCGCUCAUGGCACAAAUUGAAUAUGGUGAUUUAAAAUCAAGUGAUUCAAGUUUAAGUCAGCAGGUAUGUCAGAUUAUAGACAGAUUUUAUCCUAGAAAAUACAGAGAACCUGCCACUAGUGAUGGAAUCAGAGGUCUACAAGAGAAAUUAAUUGAGCGAUGGGUGUCUUUGAGGGGUCGCACACAUCAGGAUUGUGUCCGAGUAUAUUUGGCAGUGGCACAUAAAUGGCAGUUCUGUGGCUCUAAACUCUUUCUUACUAAGGAAAGAGAAACAACAUCAUCAGAGGAAAUCUGGUUGGCUAUCCAGGAGGAGGGUGUGGCUAUUCUAGAAUAUUCUACUAUGCAACCAAUUAGUAUAUAUGACUAUAGGUCUGUUGUAACAUUUGGUGGUUGGAAAGAGGACCUGAUGAUAGUGGUCAACAAGUUAAUAGAAUCUGCUCCACAUCAUUACGAGCAUAAAACACAAAAACUACUCUUUAUAUUACCACAAUACAAGGUAUUAGAGGCUACACAACUGAUUGCUAGUUAUAUUAAUGCACGUGUAAACAGACAGUCCCAAGAACCAAAUGGUGGAUUGAAUAUAUGAAAGUUGGAUAACUUCAGUACAUGAUAUGUCAACAGAAUAUAUAAAGAAGAAAAUGAUGGAUGCAAUAUAUGAAAUAUAUGGCCAGUGAAAGCAAGAAUCAGUUGAUAGAAUGUGAAGUAAAGUUAGUCUUCUAGAAGAAGAGAAUGUUUGUUUAUGUAUGAGUUGCAAAUGAUUUAAGCCUAGUUUCCAGGUGUAUGAGGAAAAAAGUGACUACAUGUAUAUUAUUGUUGAAGAAGUUUGUGAUAUAUACAGACAGGGAUAGGUACUAAACCCUGGGCUGAUUAAUAAAAAAUGAAUAUGAAAAACACCUUGAUGACAGAUUUAUGAUAUAUGAUAUUUUAAGAAAUAUUGAAAGCUACUCUUGAUCUUUUCAAAAUACAUAAAUGUAUUGUUUAAUGAUACAGAAUGUAAGAUUACAUGUAUGUUGUGAAUAUAAAUCUAGUAGAAUCAUUUUGUGAUAUUGCUUAACAAAAGAAGAUUGUCACAUGUUUCUGGAAAGGUUAUAUGUAUGUUUCAGGAAAGAUUAUUAACAAUAAUGAAAGAUGACAUAAUAUUAUGUUUCUAGAAAUAUUAUUAAGUGUACACAUUUCUAGAAAGUUAAAACAUGUUUCUGGAAAGAUUAUGAACUAUACACAUGUUUCUGGAAAGAUUAUUAAUGUAUUGUUGUUUGCUAGGUCAAGGCCUUUCUUGUUAAAUCUAUAAAACUUUCAUUUUUUCUCUGAAAUUAUUAAAGACUAUUUUCUUUUACCAUUGAAAGAACACUUACCAAAAUCAAAAUGCCUUUUGUUUUUAGAAUAUUGUAUGAAAAUUGCAGAACAUGAUAGUUCAAAACUACCUCUUGUAAAAGGAAAUUGCUGUCUUUUAUUGUUUUUUUUUCUUCUUAGUCAUAUAAUUUAAAUUACGUGCAAGGAAAGAAAAUAUUUGUAGAGAAAUUUAAUUAGUAAGUAAAAGUACUUUUUGCACUGUUCAAGUUACAAACAUGUGACAUAUUCUGAGAAUAUAUAACAGUAAUGGUAUUUAUGAUAUGUUUCAUGUAUAAACAUGUGAUUAUGUAUAUAGAGUUGAAAUCUUGUAAAUGUUCAUUAUAAGAUACCUCAUUGUAUUAAAUAAUAAUAUCACCUCUCAUAUUACAUCAACAUGCAACUUAUUAUCUUAUUUAGAAAUUCAUACAGUUAAACAUGUAUAGAAAGGCUGUCCAGUGUUAAUAAUUUUUCCCAGUUAUCCUAGUUUCUCUGAAAUUUUCCUUAUAAUCUAUUUUUUUCUUCUUCUAUUUCUUCUCCUUCUUUUUCUUCUUCUUCUUCUUAUUAUUAUUAUUAUUAUUAUUAUUAUUAUAAUUAUUAUUAUUUAUGAAUAAUUAUGAGUAAUUAUAUAUGACAUAAUGUUUAGUAUUUCUUCAUGAAACAUGUGAUCAUUCUUUCUAAUGAUGUAAUUUUUUUACCUUUUAUUAAACAGAUAUUGUGUUCAGUGAUAUUUAUUUAACAAACUUCCCUUUUUUCAUAAUUUAUUUUAAUAAUUUAGUCUUAUCAUUUUACACCCUUAAUCUUCAGUACCUUAAAUUGACUCGCCUAUUUUUCAAUCUGGCAGAACCAACAAAAUACUGAAUAGAGAACAGUGCAGACCUUAAUGUGACAGCACAGAUGUGCUGACUAAUCUUGGUCUGUAAUUAUCACAUGGGUAGUAUCUAUAACUGACAUCAGAUUAAUGUAUUAGAAAGUAAAGUGGUCACAUAUAGUGAGAGGUACUGUAUAUUAUAGUCAUUAUUUCAUGCUGGUCUCAUGUUUGACUGUACUGUAUUAUUAUUCUUCAUUACCUGAUAUUAUUAUGUUGUUUUUGUAUGAUACAAAAUGGCACAACUGACUAUACACCUCAGGGUAUUUUAGAAAAUCAUUUUUUUGUUAGUUUUCAGUGAUAUUUUGGAUGGGCAAUCAUUACUAUAUUCUUGUUUUUAUUGUUUUGCUUUUUUUUAUUAAAAUUGAUUUUUUUGUUAUACUUCCUUAUAGUGAUAUUAAAUUAAUCUCAGAAAAAGAAGGUAGUUAAAUCUUUUGUUAAUACAAUUUUUUUAAUAAAUGUUAAUAUUUCUGUUUGAAUCAUACAGUUUUUAUCUGCCUCUUUAUCUAUAUCUAAAUGUUUAAGUGAAUAAAGUUUAAAGUAAGAAUUAAUCAACUUUUUUUUAAACAAGUUUCUUAUUUUACUGUCUGUUUAAGAGGACUUUGUAACUUAUUGUUUAGGUGUUGAUAAAGGUUGAGAAUGGUAAAUUUUUGUGGUAGGGAACUAAUUGUUGUGGCAGGAAGUAUAUAUAUAACAUUACAAAGGUCAGUAGGUUGUGGUUGUGUAGAGUGUAUACAAUACAGCAUACAUUAUGAAUGGGACAGAUGUGUUCAACAUUAAAGUGCUUCAAAUAAGAACAAGCUGUAGAAGACAUAAUUGAAGGGUUUUUUUCUUGUUGUUUCCUCUUUGAAUUAUGUGACAAGUGCUCCCAUAUUGAAACAAAUCUUAUUGAAGUUUAUUUAUCUGUAUCAUACAAGUCUUGCCAACUGUUUGGACACCAGCUGGUACAAUUCUGAAAGCUAAUCAGACUAUUGUCUGCAUAAUAUUAGUAUUACAAUGUAUUUUAUUAAAUCCCUUUAUAUAAAAGUGAACUCUUCUAAAUUCAAAGCAGGCCAAAUCAAAAGCUGAUUGUAUGUAGAUAUAAAAAGAAGAAAUGCAUUUAUUGUUGGACUUUAUAUUUGAGCUUGAAGACUGUCACUAGUUAUGAUUCUCAUACAAUAAUCUUUAUUAGACUUUUAUUAUGCCAGCGAAAGCAGCAUUUAGUAAUCGCACUAUCCGUCCGUCCGUCCGGUAACUUGUGCACGCUUCAUCUCCAAAAUCUCAAGGGGGAUUUCAGUGAAACUUCACAGGAUUGUUUGUCACCAUGCCUAGUUGUGCAUAGUAUCUUGAUUUUCCACUUGAGUAUUUUUUGCUCAGUUAUGGCCCCUUGUGGUCAAUUUUUUCGUAAAAUAAGCUUGUUUGCGCUUCAUCACAAAAACCGUUGGGGGGAUUUCAGUGAAACUUCACAGAAUUGUUUGCCAACUUCCUAGUUGUGCAUAAUUUCCUUGAUUUUCCAUUUGAAUUUUUUUUUUUGGCACAGUUAUGGCCCCUUAAUGGUUUUUAUUUUAGUAAAAUAAGCUUGUUGGCGCUUCAUCUCCAAAACCGCUGGGUGGAUUUCAGUGAAACUUUACAGAAUUGUUUGUCACCAAGCCUAGUUGUGCAUAGUAUCUUGAUUUUUCACUUCAGAAAUUUCAGUGAACAUUUAUAAAAUUGUUUGCAUGGUGUCAUGAUUUUCCAAGUCUAGUUGUGCAUUGUGCUAUGAUUUUGUGCAUGAAUUAUUUUGCACAGUUAUGGGCUCUUGAUGAUGAAUUUUUUUAGUAUGUUUGUUUAGACUAUUACAUUUUCUCCUACACUUCUAAUGGAAUUUCAAUUAAAUUUUAGGAAUGAUAUUUAUCAAAGGCGGUCAUGGGUAUAUUACAAGUAUUUUGGCAUAUAUUUCGCAUUUUAUGUCAAAGUUUCCUUUAGGGGCAUAAGUCACUUUUCAGUGAUAGCUCUUGUUUUCAGAAUGAUUUUGUACUUUUGUAGAUAUUCUCAAACUGUUUCUUGUGAUAUUUUUAUAAUGACUUACAAAAAUGUGCAAUAGUUCAAAACAAAAGAAUCUCUUCCUAUUGUUGUUUAAGACUUGAUAUUUUGAGCAAUCUGAUUAUACAGAUGUUUUCCAAUUUGGCAGUUACGUAAUAUUUAGCUUGACUUUUUCGAAGAAAAAUUUCAAGCUAUUGCUACAGUCAGGUUGUUGUUCCCGUUGCUAUCCAGAAACUUUACUGUUGGCCAUUGGUUUUUUUUUUAAUUUCUUAAUGGAUUAUCUUGAUACUUAGACAAAACAACCCUUUGUAAAAGACCUUUGAAUAAUUCAAAUACAACCUUCACUUUUUAGACCUUGACAGUCCUUGGUCAUAUAAUUGAAAUUGCUUAAAUUGUCAUAUCUUUGUUAUUUAUUAUGAAUUUGAUCUUGGACAAAAGAGCACUUAUGAUAAAAUGGUGAUCAAUUCAACUGUGACAUUUGAAUGACCUUGACUGUCAAGAUUUAAUUCAUACUUGGAGAACAGAACACAUGAACAAAUUUUGUUAUAUAACCUUGACGUUAAAUUGAACUUGACCAAAUUAUUAAAAUUUGCUUAAAUUGUCAUAACUAAUAUAUACUUAAGAUUUUAUCCUACUUGGACAAAAGAAUACAUAUGACAAAACCAACAGUUUGAAUUAUUCUGAUAUGACGUUGACUUUAUUUGAUCUUGACUGUCAAGAUCAAAUUAUUGAAAUUUGCUUCAAAUGUCAUUCUUGGGCAAAAGAGAACUUAUGAUAAAAUGAUGAUUAAUUCAACUGUGACCUUUGAUUAACCUUGACUUUCAAGAUCAAAUAUGAUAUUUGAAUUUUAUGUGUUUCAAUUGUUUUGUAGGAGGGCUCUUUACUAUAAUGUUCUUCCUCUGAUGUGUUUGACUUUAUAAAUUAGAAAAAGUAGAGUGUCUGGCCUUCAUUAGGCUGUGGCUCUUGUUUAUUAUUACUUUGAUAUUAUUAUGUUUUCUAUUUAGUUACUCUGUUGUACAAAAUUAAAACUUCUGCGCAUUUAGUAUAGUUCUAGAUAAUUGAUUAUGUUAAAAUUAAUGUAAAUUGAAGUUUUGCAAUAUGUUUUGUUUCUUUCUUUUGUUUUAGUUAUUUAUCAUUAAUUAAACAUUUAAAUAACUUUAAAA